UAAAUUCUUCUUUCUUUUACCAUGAUAAUUAGCCACAAUUAGAGAUGUCAGCCCAACCCGUGGCCCGCGGGUUUGACCCAUUUAAGCCCAUCACGGGGCGGGUCUGGACAAAUAAAUAGUUGUCCAUGUAUUAGCGGGUUUCGCGGGUUGAACCCAAGCGGUUUGCGGGUGGGUUGGGUAUAACCCGUCACGGGUUAGCGGGUUGACCGCAAAUGAAAAUAGCAGUUCUUCAUCUUCUCGCACUCGGUGCAUCAAACCGAUUGCAAUUAGCGAUAGCUUUCCCUGAAUUUCCUAUUUGAGCUACUGCAUGUACUGGAGAGAGAGCAAGAGUUACGGAAAGGUCGGUGAUUGCAAGCCUUUAGUGGAGAUUUUUGUUCUGUUCAUCACUUUGAACGAGACAAAUUGUUACAAAUUAUCUUUAUCUUCUUUGAUUCACAUGUGUCGAAGAGUUUAUACAGGCCUAUGAUGGAGCAAUUCAGGAAAAUGGCUAGGUUCUUAGAAGCUUAAAUGCGCUUAUGGUAUUUCAAGACGAUAAAUUGGGAGGUUCUUGGAAGACUGUGUUAAGUUUCACACACACUACCUGUUCUGUUACUUCCUUGACGUGAUCGAGGCAAUAGAGGCAGCUGGGAGAUUUCUUGUCUUGACUCUUGUGAGACAGAGAGAAGGAGAGUUGUGUUUUCUAGAAAGUACGAAAGAGAGUGGGAUGAUCUUAAGCUGUUUCAAUGGAAGUUUGAGAAAUAAUAUAUGUUUCCCAAGGAUAUAUGUAGCCGAUUUGAGCAUUCAUGGAAAGAAGACACAUGGAAUCACAUGGAAUCAAGAAGACACAAUUAAUCUAGUGAAGAGAGGAAUAUAUCGAAAAAAAUAGGAGGACUAUAAUCUUCCAAGUUUCAAGGAGGCUUUCAGUCUUAAAAAGAACACAAGCAAGAACCCAAAAACUUCAUUUGCUGAGAGAAAUAUAGUUCACGGGGGUGCUUUGUUCUUUGUUCAUGUUUGUUGCAAUUUGUCAACAAGUUUAUAAACACAUUACUUACUGUUCUUUGUUCAUGUUUGUUGCAAUUUGUCAGCUUUUUUUUGAUGUGUUGAAUCAAAUAUUAACAACAGAAAUGCAGCAAAACCUGCAUUGCAAAGAACAUCAACAGUUAAGUGGAGCAGACCCGCGGGUCAACCCGCCAAAAACGUGAAUGAAGCGGGGCGGGCUUGGACAAACAUUCUCAGGCCGCAACCCGCCACGGGCCAACCCGCGCGGUCUGAUAUGUUGAUGAACCCGCCGCGGGACUGUCCAGCUGGACGCGGGUCAACCCGUCUGACAACUCUAGCCACAAUAAACCAUAAACAACCAAAAAUAUUACAUAACAAUGUGCCAAGUCUAGGUUCUGGCUUUUAGAACUCCUCAAAAAUGGAGAGUCUUCAAGGUCUUUUGCUAACUAUGAUCAUUGUGGCUUUUGGAACUACUACACAUCUAACUCAAGCUCAGUCUGAUCCAACAGAAUUCACCAGCUUGGAUUGCGGACUACACCCCGCCGCUUCUCCUUAUACCGAACCAUUAACCAAAUUAACAUACACAUCUGAUGCCAACUUCACUCUAGGUGGUCAAAGUGGUAGAGUUCAAAAGAUUUAUGAAGAGGAGUAUAAGCCAUUCACAGUUCUAAGAUAUUUUCCAGAUGGAAUACGAAAUUGCUAUAAUCUAAAAGUCACAUCAGGCACGAAGUAUCUUAUCAAAGCUCUCUUCCUUUACGGGAACUAUGACGGGCUCGAAACUGCCCCGAAAUUUGAUAUGUAUCUUGGUCCUAACAUAUGGACAACGGUCGAUUUAAAAAGCUCUUUAGGUGAAGGAAAGGAGGAGAUCAUACACAUACCGAAGUCAAGCUCGUUGCAGAUUUGUCUUGUUAAAACAGGGAAGACUACACCAAUUAUUUCAGCCUUGGAACUAAGACCCUUGAGGGAUGAUACUUACGUCACUACAAACGGCUCCCUGAAGCUCCUGAAACGCUCAUAUGCUUCUGAUUUUCUCGGUCCCACUAUACGGUAUCCUGCAGAUGUAUAUGAUCGUGAAUGGGAGCAGUUAAGUCUUUCGUUCGCGUUUAAUUUUGUAAACACAAGUCUCAAUGUAAAUGCUUCUACUCCUUACGAGCUACCACAAGAAGUCAUUUCAAAGGCAGUCAUUAAUAAAAACGUGACCGAGACGUUAACUUAUGAAUGGAUUAUGGAUGAACGGGAGGAUCAGGCUCUCAUAUAUCUUCAUUUUGCUGAGAUACAAUCACUUCGAGGCAAUGAUACAAGAGAAUUUGAUAUUACAUGGAAAGGAAUGGACGAAAACUUUACUGUUUCAGCUUAUCGCCCUCAAAAGUUACAACUAGAGACUCUAUACAACACAUCGCCUAUGAAAUGUAGGUUUCUUGGAUGUACUGUGGAGCUGGUUAUGACUCAGAACUCAACUCUCCCACCAAUGGUUAACGCCAUGGAAGCUUACAAGAUUAUUGAGUUUCCAGAUGCUGAAACUAAUCCAGAGGAUGUGGCUGCGGUACAGAAUGUUCGAGAUACUUAUGAACUGAGUAGAAUCGACUGGCAAGGAGAUCCAUGCGUUCCUCAGAUGUUCAAAUGGGAGGGUAUAAACUGCAGCUACACAAAUACUACUAUUCCGCCAAGAAUCAUUUCCUUAGACUUAUCAUCAAGUGGACUAGAAGGGGUCAUAGCAUCUAGCAUACAAAAUCUAACCCAUCUACAAGAACUGGACUUGUCGAAUAACAAUCUGAGUGGAGAAGUGCCUGCGUUUCUAGCUAACAUGGAAUCACUGUUGAUCAUAAACUUAGGGUGGAACAGUUUAACCGGUCCAAUUCCUCAAGCCCUUCGUGAUAGAGAAAAGAAAGGCCUCAAGUUGACUUUUCAUGGAAACCCAAAUCUUUGUCUCUCUGACUCAUGCAACAACAAUAAGAAGAAAGUUUUAGUACCAGUUAUUGCAUCGGUUGCAUCAGUCGUGGCUCUUAUUGCCUUGCUGGCUCUCUUUUUUGUAUUCAGAAAGAAAGCCCCUCUAUCAGAAGGCACAGCUGCUACACGAGAGUUACCAAGAAAGUCCUCGAUAUACUCCAAAAAGAAAAGGUUCACUUAUUCAGAGGUAGUAGAACUUACGGACAACUUCAAAACAGUUCUUGGAGAAGGAGGGUUUGGAGUUGUCUACCAUGGUUCUUUGAGUGAUACCGAACCAGUAGCUGUUAAAGUUCUCUCCGAGUCAUCAGUUCAAGGCUAUAAGGAAUUUAAGGCAGAGGUGGAACUUCUUCUAAGAGUUCAUCACAUAAACUUGGUAAGCCUGGUUGGUUACUGUGAUGAAGGAGGCCAUUUAGCACUUAUCUAUGAGUAUAUGGCUAAUGGAGACCUUAAACAACAUUUAUCAGCAUUUUCAUUUACAGGAGAAGCGGCUGGAUCUACUUUGAAAUGGGCUAGUAGACUAAAAAUUGCUGUCGAGGCAGCACAAGGUUUAGAGUAUUUGCAUGUUGGAUGUGAGCCGCCAAUGGUUCAUAGAGAUGUCAAAAGUACAAAUAUACUAUUGGACGAUCGUUUUGAGGCCAAACUCGCGGAUUUUGGACUUUCAAGAUCAUUUUGUGUCGGAGCUGAAACUCAAGUAGCAACAGUAGUUGCUGGAACACCUGGAUAUCUUGAUCCUGAAUAUUACCAAACAAAUUGGUUAAACGAGAAGAGCGAUGUCUACAGUUUCGGUAUUGUACUCAUGGAAAUCAUCACAAACCGGUCUGUGAUUGAGCUAACCCGAGAAAAAGCUCAUAUAGCAGAAUGGGUGAAGAUUCUAAUAAGCAGAGGAGAUCUUGAGAAAAUCGUUGACUCAAACCUUGGUGGAGAUUAUGACUCUAACACAGUCUGGAAGAUCCUUGAAUUAGCAAUGUCAUGUGUGAGUCAUUCUUCAUCUGAUAGACCAACAAUGUCGAGAGUUGUUAACGUGCUUAAAGAGUGUUUGAUCUCUGAGAAUUCGAGGAUAGGCAGACAGUAUCAAGAUGGUGACUCAAAGAACUCGUUAGAGUUGACUGUUGAUUUUGGAACCCAGGUGACCCCUGAUGCACGCUAGGCCUCGACAUGAGUCAUCCUUUAUCUUGUUGUUACAUAACAGAAAAUUGUUCUGAUGUGUUUCUGUAAUGUUUGUCUGUGUGUGUUCUUUUUCCAGAUUGGUCUGAAUAACUGGUUUGUUUGUUUUUUUCUUGUUCUUUGAGUUGUCUUUUCAUUUUUUUUGGAGGAUCUGUCUUCUUUACUCACAUCUAUACAAAUAAAUGAUCAUAGUAUGUCUUCUUUUUCAUAAAUAUUUCUUUGCGUAUAAUUUGUUGAAAAAUAAUGUGAAUCAUAUGUAUGAUUUCCAGUGUUUAAAAAAAGUGUUUCAGGCCGUUGAGUCUUUGUCCGUAUAGCGUUACUUGGUUCAAGCCCUGACACAAAACUGAUGAUCCCAAACUGUGUCAUGUUGCAGAAGCUAUUUUAUUCUAAUGAUUUGACUAAUGAUAUGUUAAUGAUUGCAAAGAUGAUGCAAAGAAUAUCAUUAAACGUGUUUCUUCGAAAAACAGUUUAUAAGAUGAUGUAAUAAGACGUGAAUUGUAUAAAGUAGUUAGAACUGUAAUU